AUGGAGUCAGGGAACGUCUCCCUACCACAAACAUCAGUGCAGUCAGUGAACCAGAGUUCCAGGCCAAGGCAUACCCCUGCCAUUCAGGAUGUCUCCACCAUGGCUUCCAGGACAGUCCAGGAUGAUGAUGUCUCAAGCCAGGAUCACUUUUCCUUGUCUUCAAGCCUACAGCACACUUCUCAGACUUCCCAAGACCUGGAUCAGUGGACGUUAAGCACAUCAGACUCCAUUGAAUCAAGCCCAAUUACAUCGACCCAGCCAGAGACCCCGGAGAUUCAGAUGUUGUCAUAUUCCUUUUCUCAUCAGCUCCUGCCAUCUGGUGCAGGCCACAGCGGUGUUAAUGACUCUGCUGCCAUGUUCCCAGCACUGUCUGACCUCCAGGCCGCCCAGGGUAUUGGUGAGCAUAACGACCUAGACAUGUCUCAGGCUCAAGAUUUCCAAGCCUUCUCUUCCAUGGUGGACUUUUCCUUUGAUAAUGAUGCUUGUGCCUCCGAUGGAAACCAGGGUUGUAUGCAGGAUGACACCGCGUCUCUGGGAAACAGUUCUCACAAUGAUGAUGGCCACUUCUGGAAGUCCUUGAGCCUGGAUACUGGAAACUUCCCUGGAUCUACAUUCGACCAGAUGCCCCACGGUCUUCCGGGUGCUGUCUCCCCUCCUCUCACUGAAGCAAGCCAGGUCUCUGUUACUUCUGCUUCACAAUCUGCAUACUCUUUCCGGGGUCAGGACGAAACCCUUCUGGGCGAGAAUAAUGCGAAUUCCACAGUCUCUGGCCAGAAUCUUAACCUGGGCGACUCCUUUUUCCCAUUAACCCCACCACUCAGUGACCAGGAUCCCAACAGGACCAUUAGGCCUUCCAAGCAAGCGCAGCGACCUUUACUCUCCGCGGCGGCAGGUCGAUCCCAAAGGAAAUCUGACCCGGAAAUGUACGCUUCUAUGCCUGUGAGGGAGCCUCUCCGGCAACGGUCGAAGGACACUUCUGAAACCCGAGGACCCCGGGAUCAUCCAUACUAUUCUUUACCCACCCACAGUGAUGGAAACAAAUACUUGGAUUCCCAUUUGAAGCCAUACCGGUGCAAGGUCCCUUCCUGCAUGGCUCAGAAACUGCACUUCUCCUCCAAUGCCUGCCUCUUCCGUCAUGAGCGGGAAGCCCAUGGAUUCCACGGCCACGGAGACAAUCCUCAUCUUUGCCUCUUUGAAGGAUGUGAAAGAUCGAUCCCAGGUUAUGGAUUUCCUCGUCGGUGGAACCUCUACGAUCAUAUGAAGAGAGUCCAUGACUACACCCCCUCUGAACAGCCCAGUUCCCCGGAGACAGCUUCCACUUCUGGCCAGGCCUCGAAGAAGAAGGAUUCAGUGCGCAAGAGGAAGGUUACCAAGGCCACUAUUGGUGCUCAAACAAUGAAAAGGACUCGAUCCACAUCCUCUCAAGGGAGCGCCGCGAAGGCUGCUCAAGCUUCGGCGAACCACGGACAGAGACUCCAAAACGCGGAGAAGAACUAUUACAACUGCCGUGCUCGACUUAUUGAGGAGCUCAGCAACAUCACUCCACAGGAUUCUGCGAUGCAUGAGAAGGUUAAUGCCAGCCUUCAGGAGCUCAUCACUCUGGGAUUGAACUAUCGCCAACUGGAAGCCAGCUCGGCAGCAACCCAAGUGGCCGGAGUUGAUCUGCAAGAUUUCCAAAUGGGCCAGUCUGCCCACUGGCAGCUGAGAAAGACAAAGCUCAUCGGCCAUGUGCCGACUCCCCACAAGGCUGUAUUUUGCGCCCGCUUCUGGGCAUAUCCUGAUCUCGACAAGGCCAGGCAGAGUUGUGCCUGUGCCUUUGUGGAUUGGAGCAUUCAUGAAGCUGGACGACAAAUGGACUGCUAA